UUCCAGCCGUUGCUGCAGCUGCUCCGCAGCCGUUUUCAGGACCCAAACAACCGAAACCGCUGUUCCCAGAAUGGUGAUCCGUGUAUAUAUUGCAUCUUCCUCUGGCUCUACGGCGAUUAAGAAGAAGCAGCAAGAUGUGCUUGGUUUCUUAGAAGCCAACAAAAUAGGAUUUGAAGAAAAAGAUAUUGCAGCCAAUGAAGAGAAUCGGAAGUGGAUGAGAGAAAAUGUACCAGAAAACAGUCGACCAGCCACAGGGUACCCCCUGCCACCUCAGAUUUUCAAUGAAAGCCAGUACCGUGGGGACUAUGAUGCCUUCUUUGAAGCCAGAGAAAAUAAUGCAGUAUAUGCCUUUUUAGGCUUGACAGCACCACCUGGUUCAAAGGAAGCAGAAGCCCAGGCAAAGCAGCAAGCAUGAAACUUCAGCAUUCUGCCUUUUAAGCAUCUUGAAAAACAAGUCUCCGUUGCUUUUAUACAAUAACAAAAUUAUCUUGGCUUCAAAAGAAAUAGGCUUAUUGUUGAAAUAAUAGAUUAGUUGGUGUUUUCACAUGCAAACAAUCAAAAUGAAUACAUAAUUAAAUGUGAACAUUAUGGUGAGGAGAAUGGGAGAUGAUAAUAAAAUUUUA